UUUCUAAUCGGUUCCAAUGUUGACUCUGUGAAGAUGAAAACAAUCAAUGAUUAAUUUUGUGUUUCUCUUUUUAAUUUAAUGACAAUUAGUGAAUUUGGAGUAAUUGUUUCUUUCUCUUUUUCUAAAUUGUGAAUUAAAAGAAUCACCAGAUUGUGUUGUACACCAUUUGAAAUUGUUUCGAUUACUCUUGAAAUAAAUUGUUCUAAAAGUGGAAGGAAAAAAAAAAUUCUAUUGGAAAAGAAAAAGGUACAAAAAAUUAUGAUUCUAUUUGAUUAUAUUGGUUUGUCUUUCCAUUUGAUCUCUACGUAAAUAAAAUGGAUUUAUCAUUGGCUGUGAAUUAUUUAUCAUUAAAUUAUCAUCAACAUCGUCAUCACUCAUUACUAAAACUACUGUUGCAGUUACAACCAUGGAUUUGGUUAAAAUGUCAUUUGGUUGUCAGAUGAAAAUCAAAGGUUUCAUUUUGAUAAUUUUAUGUCUCAUAUUAUCAACUUUAUUUUAUUGUCUUGUUGGUGAUCAAAAGCCACUGAGGAUCAUUUAUGAUAAUCAUCUAUCUCAAAGUUUGGUUAAGAUAAAGAAUGUUGUGGUUCCUGCAGUUGAAGAGAAUAGAAAUUAUUACCUUUCCAGUAACACCCAACAGCAAACAACUUCCGAAUUAAAGGAGAAAUACCUCAAGAAUCUUGGAUUUAUUUCUAAUCCAAGAUUAUUUCCUAAUUCUAAAUGGGCCAAUGUUACCUUACCCGUUUUUGUCACUGCCAUAAAGAGUAACGAGAUCCAUUUUAUCAGAGAAUUGGUUCAAUCAUUGCAAGAAAAUUAUUCGCAAGCUUCAUUACUCACUUACCUUCUCAACAUGGAUGAGGAUGAAACGGAGAUCUAUAAACGGAAUAAUGAAUUUCAUCAAAUCAGCUGUUUUUGUCUACGACACAGUGACCCUACCUGGGUACUAUUUGGCAGGUAAACCCUGGGCAUCGAAGUCCAUUACCUUUGGACGGAAAAAUAAUACCAAAGUGCUGGUCACUCCAAGUAUAAAUCCGGAAACUGGACUACCCGAGUUGACCAUUGUCCGAGUGGGUGAUCAGCCAACUUCUCACCUUGAUUCGCAUGAAACUGUUGAUUCGGCGAUGGCUGAAGUUUUCAAUCGAUUCUCAUCUAAACCAUGUUUGGGAUAUCGUGAGGUUUUGUAUGAAGAGGAAAUCAUUUCGCCCGAAUCCGAUAAACGGCUUAAAAAGAAGGUGUUAGCACCCGCUUACAAUUGGCACACAUUUGCUCAGAUCGAUAAAUUGGUCGACGAUUGUUCAAGAGGUUUAUUGUCACUUGAUUUGGUCAAAUCAGGUGACCGAGUGGUCAUUUUUGCAGAAACUCGAAUGGAAUGGCUAAUCACUUUUCAUGCUUUAUUACGUCUAAACUGUCCAGUGGUCACUCUGUAUGCUAAUCUUGGUUCGGAUGGGAUUGUUCAUACUCUUAAUCAAUCAGAGGCAACGAUUGCUAUUGUUUCACCUGAGGUAUUACCCAAACUGACCCAAUUACGAGGUGAACUUAAACAUCUCAAGAAUUUAAUUCUCUUAGAAAGUAAAGGUUGUCUCCCAAUGGAGACAACUGAGCUCGAAUCUUUGUACAAUGUUAUUCAAUGGUCACGACUUUUGUCGACCGGUGGAUCUGCAUCACCACACUUGAAACCUUCCUCUCGACCAACCGCUGAUUCAACUGCUCUUAUCAUGUACACCUCUGGUUCAACUGGAGUCCCAAAAGGAGUUGUCAUUAGUCAUAAAAAUUUUCUGGCCGCAGUUCGCGCCAUGAAUACCAUUUUGUCCCAAUAUCAAGCGAAAGACGGUAAUUACAUUGGUUAUCUACCUUUGGCUCAUAUUUACGAAUGUGUCGUUGAACAUUGUAUGAUGAUGAUGGGCCAUCCCAUUGGCUACUCAUCUCCUUUAACUUUGACCAACAAUUCACCAGGAAUUAAGCCUGGAGUCGAAGGCGAUUUAACGGUCCUCCAACCUCGAUUACUUUGUGGUGUACCUUUGAUACUUGAACGUAUCCGUAAAGAGGUAACCAAAAUGGUCGAGGCUAAAGGCGGUAUUGCAGCUAAACUGUUUCACUUUGGUUUAGAUUAUAAAAAUUAUUGGAUGUCAAAAGGAUUCCAAACACCAUUAAUGGAUCGACUAGUUUUUUCUCGAACUCUUUCCGCUCUCGGGGGUAAAUUGGUUGCCAUCGUUUCCGGUGGAGCUCCUCUCUCAGUAGAAACCCAGUACUUUGCACGUGCGUGUUUCUCAUGUCAUUUAAUCGUUGGCUAUUCAGCCACGGAAGUUUGUGCGGCAAGUACCUGUAUGGAUCUUGGAGACAUGAGCCUUGGUAAUGUGGGUUACCCGUUAUUCAAUGUUAAAAUCCGUUUAAUCGCUUGGGAAGAGGGAGGAUAUCGACCAGAUGAUAAGCCUAAUCCACGUGGGGAAAUCCUUAUCGGUGGUGAUACAGUGGCCAUGGGCUAUUAUAAGAACCAAGAGGAAUCCGAUGCCGCUUUCAAAUUUGAAAAUGGCCUCAUAUGGUUUUAUACUGGAGACAUUGGUGUAACAUCAAUAUUAUUAAAAAAUUCUGAUAGUUAUUGAUUAAAUUGAUUCAGACAAUUUAUUGAUAAAAAUUAAACGAUUACAAUGAGUCAUCAUUAAUAAAGUCACAUAUUAAUUAUUAAA